AUGAAGCUGUUCGUCUUGAUCUCUUUCGCCACUUGGCUACAUGCAGCAACAGCAGCAGCAGCACCUUCGGUCGACAAGCAGUCUCAGAAGAAGUUUGAUUUUGCCAAGAUAAAAAAAAUUGUGUCUUUUUAUUGUAAGUCUGACUAUGUCAUUAGUGGUGAUUCAUGGACAGACACUCGGUUUAAUACCUCAGGAACUCAGCCUUCCAGCUCCAACCCAUUCGGAAAUACCGGCAAAACAAGCUCCAAUGGCAAAAUGUGGCCAAUGUACUUGACUACGCGAUACAACCAAUCUUCCGUUUUGCUAUAUAACAUGGCUGUCGGUGGUGCUGUCACUGAUAUCAACAUCGUCAAGACUGGACCCAACGACGUGGUUACUCAGGUCAACAGAUUCGACGCCUACUUACAACAACUAGGGUCGAAAUUCUUUUCACCAAAGCACACGCUAUAUACAGUCUUUAUCGGCAUCAACGAUAUUUACCGCACUAUCAAUGACGCUGACCAGAAUGACACGGUCAUCAAGAUCAUGGAGCGCCUAGGCGAGCUUACAACUGACCUCCACGGUCACGGCGCUCGCCAGUUCCUCUUCAUCUCGACGCCACCGCAAUCUCUUUUCCCAAAUAACGUUCCAAAGCCCAUCGCUCCAACUCUCAAGGCCGCAUCUGAAAAUUGGAACAAACAGCUCCAACAACUCUUGAAACAGCUCGACCGCAAGUUAUCUCACAGCACCUUUUUCUUGUUUGACAUUGUACCCUUGAUCACUGCUGUUACCGAAGAUCCGUCUCAAUUUCCCGAGACCGCAAUGUAUAAGAGUACAGGAUUCUGUGCAGACUACAAGAGUGGCACGAUUACCCCAGACUUCAAGUCUGACAAUUGUGAAUACAACGCGUCUGAGUACAUGUAUAUCGACGGCGCUCAUCCAACACAAGCAUUUCACCAAAUCCUGGCUAAGAAUAUCGCGGAACAAUUGGCUGUUGGCCGAACCAUUGGCCGGCCUUGA